CGAAUAUGGAAAGGAGAGGGAGAAAACCAAGAUGUCCUCUAAUGUCCUCCAACCACACCCACACACAAUAUGGGGUUUUAUUUAAUUUCUUUUUCCUAUAUUCAGAGCCUCAAAAAUAUAUCUCAAUAUCCCUUCUGGCUUUCCACAUUCUCUCCUUUUUUAUCCCUCUUAAUAAAACGGACCAAUUUUUUCUCUAGCCUCAGCAUGUUAAUAACAGUGUGUAUAUAUAUGGAAAACCUUAAAGAUUUAAUUUUUUGAUGUGGUUAUGCGUUUUCUUGAAAUUUCUUGGCUGUUUUCAUUGGUGGGUAUGUGCUACUGAAUAGAGAUGAAAAGGUCUAUAGAGGGUUUCAAUCAACUAAAUACUGCUGAUGAAGUAGCCAAGGCAAAGCUCAAGCAGAAACAUCUGUUAAAUGAGUUCUUGGAACUGCAAAAGGAAUUUGUCUCCAAGAAGAGGAAGUUGCAGGCUGCAAAGCAGAGGAGAGAUAUCAUUUUGGGUGAAAUCCUAUUUUUAAAGCUAAGGCGUAGGUAUUUGUUGAAAAACCAAUCUUCCCAUGUUGAUAGUGAAAGAUGUAUUCCACAUAUGAAAAACUUCGAUGCUGAGAGUGAAGUCCCUGCUGAAAAACGAUCCAACCGUGCCUACGAUGCAGCAAUAGAAACGGGUCAUCCUGCAUUUACGUCGAAGUUCAAUUCGGUAACAUACUAUGGUUAAGAUAUGUCGAAUAUUUAAACUUAGAGUUGUUGACAAGAGGGGUUGCUCUGAUGGUAAGCAACCUCCACUUCCAACCAAGAGGUUGUGAGUUCGAGUCACCCCAAGAGCAAGGUGGGGAGUUUUUGGAGGGAAAGGAUGCCGAGGGUCUAUUGGAAAUAGCUUCUCUACCUCAUGGUAGGGGUAAGGUCUGCGUACACUCUAGGAGAUGACAAAGUGCUAGCAGGUAGAAAUGUGUUGAGAUUGGAGUGUGUGACUGUGUGCCAAUAUUGAUGACAAUGGAGUUACUUUAAAGGUCUAAAAUUUUGAAACAUAUUACUUUCAGGAGAGUGAUCUUCAUAAGAUUGUGGAUAAGUCAUUCUUCAUCUCAUUGAGUAGUUAUUUUUUUAUUUUCCUCAGUUUUUCCCUGGGUGAAACAGUUGUACCUGUGGAUAAUUUAUCAUAUGAAUUUUGUUUUAGUAAUUUGCAGUACUAUAGUUUGAGGA